GCUAUAGCAAGAGAGUCGGAGGUGGCAGUCAUGUUACAAGGGUUAGAGAUAGCUUGGAGCAAAAGAAUCAGAAGAUUAAUUCUUGAAUCUGAUUCAAAAGAAGGGGUGAAACUUAUUAGGAAUUCACUCACUCAAUCCUAAACUUAUUUGCAUGUUCAGAUGGAUUGCACAAUUACUGGAGAAAAGCUAGACGGUAGAAAUCAGGCAUACUUAUAGAGAGGCGAAUCAGAUAGCUGACGAUUUGAUUAAUCUAAUUCUGGAAGAGGAUGCUCAUCAUUUAUGGUUUGACAAUCCCCCUAAAAAAGUGUAGUUAAUGUUGUUUGUUGAUUGUUGUGGGAUUCAAAUUUUUCGUGGUAGUUAGUUGCUCUUUUUCCUUUUUUUUUUCUUGGCCUUAGAGCCUCUGAUGUACCCAAAACAUAAAAACUAGAUCGAUCCGUCUACUUGGAUCGAAAAAUCAAUUACCAACCUCUAAAUGGCUAGGUUACAGGUUGUUCACACUUCACAGGAUCUUAGUUGCGUCAGAACCGAUUUAAGUUGGUUGGAUUUCAUAAAAACCGGUAAUCCGUGUGAUAUUUUAAAACCUAACUUGGUCAAAUUUUUAAUUCCUUUUAAAAAUCGAUUUUUUGAGGCAAAAGGACGGGGUGAAAGGAUGUCAACGCAGUCUUUGGGAUCGAUGGCGGACAGACAGUGGUGAUGGCUGCAUAGCCGACGGAAUCUAUGAGACUGAGAGUGAGGGAGACGAAGAGAGGGCACGGGUGUUAGAGGAUGAGGUUAGGGUUUUGGUUUUUCCGACCCGACCCGGGGUUACUUGGGUUGUUUGGCAUUGGGCCAAGACAAAAAACGAAAAAAACCCCAACACAAAGCCGUUUUAGGACGAACCAAAAAAAAAAAAAACCCAAAACCAUCCCCAAUCUCACUCAGACACUCACAGCUUCACCUCACUCACCGCACCUCACAGAGAUUCCCCCUCAGACACUCUCACCUCUCUCGCUCACAGCGCGGUUACCGCCGGUCGUCCCUCGUCACUCUCCUCGCCGGCUCCUCUGCCGCGUCCCCGCACGGUCAGUGUUUGCUCGCAUCUGCUUCCUCCGCUCCUGUGCCUCCGCCGUUUGUGUCGUCCCGGCCGCCUUGGCUCCGCCGUGCCUCGGCUGUCUCUACCUCCGCCUCGUCCCUCGUCUCUGUUCAGCAUCUGCCAAGUGCCUGCACUCUGCACGACAAACAAAGGGUAAUUGGAAAAAUGCAAUUGUAGAGGCGCAGUUGCAGGAUACUACAAAGAAAAUGAAAGGGUUAGGUCCUCAUGCACCAAUGGUAUCAAGGGGAAAACCUCCUCCUUUGUUGGCUGUGGUGGACACAUUACCAUGCUGCCCUUCUCUGCCAACAAUCACUACCUUAUCACAAUCAAGAUGCAGACAGAAAUCGACGUUGAGUUUGGCCCGUGGCACAAUUCGAGCUCAAACAUCCAACACUGGAAUAGGACCAAGAGAUUUUGGAAGUAGGAGUGAUAUAGAUGGCCAGAAUGUCCCUCAAGGAAGUCCACUUAACAAAAGUUCACGUAAAAUCGUGAAACCACCUAAAUGGAUUGCCCGGUAUCCGACCUUUAUAGCUCUUGCAUUGAUUGGAUGUGCUCUUGUAUUUUCACUAGUAACCUUUUUGAAAGGGGGACCUGCGUCAGUUCUAGCAGCAAUUUCAAAAUCAGGAUUCACUGCUGCAUUUACAUUAAUAUUUGUUUCUGAGAUUGGGGACAAGACAUUCUUCAUUGCUGCACUCUUGGCAAUGCAAUAUGAGAAGGGAUUGGUCCUAUUGGGGUCAAUGGGUGCUCUUGCACUCAUGACAAUCCUAUCAGUUGUAAUUGGUCGAAUCUUUCAGUCAGUGCCUGCUCAGUUCCAGACAACCUUGCCAAUCGGAGAAUAUGCUGCAGUAACUCUUCUUUUGUUUUUUGGCCUAAAAGCAAUAAAAGAUGCAUGGGAUCUUCCAUGUAAUGGGGUUAAGAACGGUGGUAAUGGUAACUCCGAGCUUAAUGAAUUUGCUGAGGCAGAGGAGCUUGUGAAAGAAAAGGUGUCGAAACGGCUUUCAAAUCCAUUUGAGGUUAUUUGGAAAUCAUUCAGCCUUGUAUUCUUUGCUGAAUGGGGAGAUCGUUCUAUGCUUGCCACAAUUGCACUUGGGGCUGCUCAGUCUCCAUGGGGUGUUGCUAGUGGAGCCAUUGGUGGACACCUACUUGCAACCUCAAUUGCUAUAGUAGGGGGAGCAUUACUUGCUAACUACAUUUCUGAAAAACUGGUUGGCUACUUGGGUGGAGGGUUGUUUCUAAUUUUUGCUGUUGCUACCUUUUUUGGGGUUUUCUGAUUGUUGUUGCUUGGUGCCACUCCUUUCUUGUAUGUGUAAUAUGUCACUGAUAGUGCUAGCGAUACAACGAAGAAGCUCAAGCACCCGAGGGAUGCUGAGAGAUCAACAGAAAUUUAAUAUUUCAAUUUACUUGAACAGAUAUCGUCAUUAUAAAGGAAAUUGCUCAUGUAUAGCAUAUGAAUAAAAAAUUGUGAUUCUUUAACCUUGAGAUUUGCUUUUGUAAUGUGUGAUUUGUUGUUAGUACAAACUAAAUAGACUAGCAAAACAAUGUUUUCCUGAAUAUUAAUAGAUAUAAGGACUUAGAACUGAGGAAAUCUAGGAGGUGCAGAACAAAAACUGUCGAAAGGAAGGAUCACAAUUUUUUUUUUCUUAAAAAAGUACACGAAGACUCCCAAAGGUCGCCCCCAUCUUAUUGAUAAUAUUCUGGCCAAGUAUUCCAUUCGAUGGAACUGCAAAAAACAUUUAGAGUUGACCAACUUGUAUUAAUUUAAUGAACAACACAACUUUUAAAUAUUAAA